UGUAAUGGAGAGUUUGGAGACUAGAGAGAGACGUUCAUGAUACGAUCGACUCGCUCGAUUUGCCUAGUGAGACAGUUCGAUUCGCCCGAGUCACUUCGUUGCUUGGCCGCUGUCCUCAGCCGGACGCCACCAGCCAGACCUGUCGCCGGCGCGUACUCCAUCUCUCAUUCCCGAAAUAUCCCUGGCCUCACUCCGCGCUUCUGUUUUUCGCAAUCGCUAAACCCCAAAAGUACUGUUGCUGGCCUAUCUGGGAGUUGUAGGAGAACUGAGUCACUAAUGGCGUCGAUGGAACCCGACUGCCCGUCUCCGGGACUUAACAUCGCCUCGGAGGACUUUGUUCACGUGGAUAACCCUGAUCUCGAUCCUAUUCCUAACCCUAAUAUUGAAACCUCUCCUGAAGAUUUUGUUUCGGUUGAUGACCGUCAACAUGACGUCGCAUCUUUGAAUGCGGAAGCUGAAGGUUCGGAUCGGAAUAGGGUUCUGCCGGAGGAGCUUUCGAGGAGUGUGGUGAUGCUUUCUUGCGAGUCCUCAGCGGAAGGCGGUACCUGCGAUGUCUACUUGGUCGGAACCGCUCAUGUCUCGCAGGAAUCAUGCAGAGAAGUUCAAGCUGUAAUCAGUUACUUGAAACCAGAGGCUGUUUUCUUGGAGCUAUGCUCAAGUCGAGUGGCAGUCCUUACUCCUCAGAGUUUAAAGGUACCAACUAUGAGUGAAAUGAUAGACAUGUGGAAGAAACAGCAUAAUCUCUUGGGAAUACUUUAUAGCUGGUUUCUUGCCAAGGUUGCUAAUAGGCUUGAGGUUUUCCCUGGUGCUGAGUUUCGUGUGGCAUAUGAAGAGGCAAUGAAGUAUGGUGGCAAGGUGAUGCUUGGGGACCGCCCAAUAAAUAUUACAUUGCGGAGGACAUGGGGAAAAAUGCCCCUUUGGCACAAGGCAAAACUAUUAUACACUAUAACUUUUCAAGCAUUCUUUCUACCAAGUCAAGAGGAUCUAAACAAAAUGAUGAAGGAAAUGGACAAUGUCGACAUGUUGACUCUUGUGAUUCAGGAGAUGAGCAAGGAGUUCCCCACUCUAAUGGAGACCCUUGUACAUGAGCGAGACCAGUUCAUGUCGUCCACAUUACUAAGAGUUGCUGCUAAGCAUAGUUCAGUAGUUGCAGUUGUUGGAAAGGGUCACCUGCAAGGGAUUAAGAAGAACUGGCAGCAGCCUAUUCAGAUUACGUCUCUUCUGGAACCUCCAUCACAUAGCCCGGCUGUUUCUGCUGUGAAGAUCCUCACCUCUCUGGGUGCUGCAAUCGCUGGGGUGGCAAUAAUUUCCGGUAUAUACCUCGCAGUUAAGAAAUAACAACACUGGAGUUGCAGGUGGACAUUUCUUCUUCUUAUGAAGUUUUUGUUAGGACGGUGUUACCGAAUCACAAUCAUAAGUUGACCCAGAAUUUUUCUCAGGAAAAUGCUCCUCUCCUUUCCUUCUUCCAGUCUAAAAUCCUCAUACCCCUCAUGCCCCAAAUAACAAAUAAACUAAAAAUAAUGUAACCCUGGUUAGUUCAUAUAAAGCUUUGGUGUGGCCAUUUGAUUGCUACCUUAUUCCUUAUUACUUCUGACAACAUUUUCCAAUAUUUAUAGAAGAAUUGAAAUGUUUUCAUGUU